AAUUCUGCGGCGCUAUAUACAUAUAUACAGAUGGAAGUCCGGGUGUUGGGCUGUGAAGUCAGUGCAUGUGUGAAUUUGAAUUAAGAGUAGUUAUAAUUUUCAGAAAGCAACUAUUUCUGAGUCUAUUUGUCCUGGAUUUGAUGCACCUAUAGCGUCUUCCAGAGGGCAGCAGGUCGAACAGUCCAAACGCAGGAUGGGAGCUGUCUUUGAUGAUAUUGUACUCAGGAAAUAGCUGUAACUUUAACACACUAUUUCAAUGCCAAUGGCAAUCUACUCAACAAUGUGGAAAUUGUCUGCCCAUAAAAGCAACGUGACAGAAGAUGUAAUUGGCAUUGCUAUCAAGUGGCUAAUAUCAAUAGUCUGUUCAUUGAUUCACAGAUUGGAUUUCUCCAAGACCUAAUCACAAUCACAGGAACAGCACCUCAUAUUUUGCUUGGGCAGCUUACAACCCAGUGGCAUGAAUAUUGAUUUGUCUAAUUUUGUGGGACAUUAGUUUAGUUUAGUUUAGCUUAGAGAUACAGCAUGGAAACAGGCCCUUUGGCCCACCAAGUCCAUGCUGACUAUCGAUCACUCCUUCACACUUCUUCUUCUUUCGUGUGACGUGCACAGCCUAAAGUUGUAGGACAACUUGUUCUAUUUGAUCUUCCGUUUGUGCACGUCGAGUUGAUUGCAUUAGUCGAAACAGGGCGGAACACGUGAAGGUUGCAAUCUUCCACCCCUCCUUCACACUAGUUCCACAUUAUUCCACUUUCUCAUCUACUUCCGACACCCUUGGGGCAAUUUUACAGAGGCAAAUUAACCUACAAUCCCACACGUCUUUGGGAUGUGGGAGGAAACCGAAGCACCCGGAGGAAACCCACACGGUCACAGGGAGAAGGUGCAAAUUCCACACAGAUAGUACCUGAGGUCAGGAUCGAACCCGGGUCUCUGGUAAUUUGAGGCAGCAGCUCUUCUAGUUGCACCACUGGGAAGCCUUAAAGUCCCUGUAUAUUCAUGGGGAGGAAUUUUCAUGAUUGAUUUUCAUGACUGCUGCAAGUGCCUUUGUCGUGGUCAAACAUGAUGCCCAUGUUAAUGUGCGGUGGUCCGGAUAUUUACUUAUUGUGCUUCAACAUUACUAUGAUAAAACUACUGAUACAUCAUAGCUCCAUAGUCUGAAAUGCUUUGCCUUCUCAUAAGACAGUUCAGACUCAGGGACUGUUGAGUAACUGGACUCAUUUACAAACUAAAGCAGGCAAUAGAUUUAUCUUUUAUUGACAGUAGAAAACCAUUUUUUUAAAUUAACAGUGGGUCCUACUUGGUCUAGUUAUCUUUUAAAAAUAAAUCCAGAUUAUUUCAUUAACUAAUUUUAAAUUCAUCAGCUCUGUUGUGUGAUUAAACCUAGUGCUUCCAGAUCUGUCCAUCAGCCUGAAACAUGAACUCCAUUUCCCUUUCUACAAUUCUGCCUGGCAUGCUGGUGUUUCAAACAUUCUCUGUUUGUUUUUCAGAAUUGGAGCAAUCUGUUUUUUAUUAAUCAAAUCAUCAAGAUUGCCAGUGCUGUAACCUGUCAUAGACUCUUCCAUGCGAUUACAGCUAAAUCUUAGCUGUUAGACAAGAUAUUUUGUACUUACUGGCAUUUUGAGUCAAAUGCUCUUGGGAAAAGGCUGCUCUGAAGCAGAUAACCUGCAAAGAUUGUUCUUCAUGAGACAAUGUUACACACUGUUCCAUUCCACUGACAACAUGAAUGAGGAAUGCCAUCCAACUACACUGUCCCAUUCAUGAUGUCACUGGGGGUGACUAUUGUUGGGGGUUACUUUGUGACCCCCACGUUGAAAAGGAAGUGAAUGUCACUAAUUUGUCCCCAAACUUUAAAUUAGGAGCUGAGGAGAUUAUGGAAUGAAUUACGAGAUGUUUAAUACUCUAAAGUAGAUGAAGAGAGUCUGUCUCCAGUAACUAAGGCAUCCAGAAAAAUUGGACAUGAGAUUAGAUUAAAUAUAAUAAUACAGGCAGCAAAGUGUUGCAAUGUCAGCAUUAGUGAUUGAAGCGAAUCGUGUGCCUCAGAAUUUUCUUGAUGAAAUUUACACUACAUUUUUAUUAAAGAAUAUGUUCAUUAUUGGCCUCCAGAGAGAAAGAAGCGAGUGUCCAGGGAAAGCUUAUUUUAUGUACCUAUUGGUACAAACUUUGGCGCAAAACUGAUACCAGAGCCUAAUUCUGCAGGAGCCUACUGUCCAGCCUUUGAAGUGCAUUGUUCAGAGCUUGCUACUCAACAGGCCUUAGAGGAAUAGGACGGAAAACCUGAGGCUUUCCAACACAUUGCAAGACCAUGUGGCCGCUGCAGAACAUGUAUGAACGUGACGAGCUUCACCUCCCUGUUAUAUCUCCCCUCCUGAUUGGUAACGUGAGGAUAAAGUUCAACUUCCCACGGCGUUACUUCCUGGCUUCGGCGAUGGUGCUUGAUCCAGGGGCCCAGGGUUUGGCCAGGCCCCAGAUCAGCAAGCAGGCCGGCACGACCAAACCACUGAGGAAAGAGGCCGAGACGAAGAGCAGCGAUAGGAAUGGGAUUCGGGGGCACAGCAGCCUCUCCACUCCGCAGCCGGAGGCACCUUUGAGGACUAUAUCCCAGACUUCAGGGGCACUGGGCUGUGGCCUGAAAGUCAACAGGGCACCUGCAGGGGCGCCCAGCCUUGUUGGUAACAGACAAUGCAGCUGGAUGAGGCGGAGUGAAAGUUCAUUCAACGUGAAUAACACUGGUUCCAAUCACUCCCGGGCCAGGAUCAGGAACGCCACAUCCCUCCCUCAUAUAGCCAGGCACAUCCCACAGGAGCCGCCCCCUGUUAAGAGCCCAUGCCUCUUGGUGGCGCUGAGACCAAUGAACGUUGAUAAGGAGAAAGAGGCGUUUUUCAAAUCUAAUUACACCUACAACCCUCAGUUUGAGUAUUCGGAACCCUUGAGCACUAGCAUAAUGAGCAAGUACAGCGAGGCAUCUGACCGCUUCAUUGAACAGGCGGUACGAAUCAUGAAGAGCGUGGUCAAGAUGUACGGGUGCUAUGAGAAUUUUGAAGUGGCCACAGGGGGUGCUAUGCUAUCGAAGAAUAAAAUAUGGACCUGCAUCAGGAGCUACAUGCGUAAGGAAGGAUGCUCUGGAGAGGUGGUGGUGCGGCUGAGUGAUGACCUGCUGUCUCAGGCGGUGAUGAUGGUGGAGAACUGUCGGCCCACGCUCACCAUUAACCUGGCGGGAGCUCGUCAGCACUGGCUGGAGGGAAUGCUGCGGCAUGAAAUAGGAACGCACUACAUUCGGGGUGUCAAUAACAGCCAUCAGCCCUGGCACAGUGCGGCGGGCAGGAAGCUGUACAGCCUGAAGCCGGCUAACCCAACAGAAGAGGGCCUGGCCAGCUUAAACAGCGUGUUAUACCGCAAGUACCCAUUCCUGUGGCGAGCAGCUCUGCUCUACUACACCGUGUUCCAGGCCAGUUGGAUGCCUUUCUGCCAACUUUUUCAAGACAUUGCUAAGUUUGUCGAGGACCCGAACACUCGAUGGGAGUACUGCGUGCGAGCCAAGAGAGGGCAAACAGAUACUGCACUACCAGGCUGUUUCAGUAAGGACCAGGUAUAUCUAGACGGUGUGUUGAUGCUGCUUCGAUACCGGAAAACCAUUGAUUUCAAGAUGCUGGCGGCACUGGGGAAGGUUUCAUUCGAGGAUGUGGAGCAUCUGAAGAAAUCCGCUACCCUGCAACGCACGCGGAUCCCGCACUUCAUGCGAGACCAGGGCCGCUACCUGGAGCAGCUGCACCACAUCACAGCCGUCAAUGGUCUGACGGACGAGGAGCUGCUCAAGCUAAUCCCUCAGUAGACUCUGCCAGCAGCGGGUGGAGGAGAGUGUCUCCUGUUUUGUUUUGAAAUGCACUAUUUCACUGCAGCGUGCGGGUACAUGCGCACACAUACCCACACACAUAUACUGUACAUACAUAGACACAUACAUAGUACAUGUGCUCACACACACAAACAGGAACAUAUUUCUACACAUAUCUGCUCAUAUUAUACAUACCUGCUCAUAUAUAUAUAUAUAUAUAUAUGUGUGUGUAUAUGUAUAUAUAUAUAUAUAUAAAUGCAUAUAAUAUAUUUCUACACAAGUACACAAACAUAAACACACCACAAACACAAAGGCACAGAGGCCUUAGCUUUUUUUUGUUGUGAUGCGUUUGAGCAUCCUUGGAGAUUAGUAUGAAAAACAAAAUGGGCAUUUGUAACCACUGAAGCCAAAGCCUGGAGCCGGAGCUUCACCUCCUAACUUCUGUCCCAUGUGCCAUGUUUUUCCUAUAUAAAUGUAUUUAUUGUUGGCAAUGGUGCUCCUUUUUAAAGGAAAUUAUUUUAACUACUUGCUGUAGAGGGAGAACAAAAGAAAAAAAUUAUGGAUAAAAACCCAACAGACACAGUUGCAUCAACAUUGAUUAUGUGCAGUAUACAAUAUCUGCGAUUAAGACUGUUUAACUCAUGCAAGGCUGUCCUCGGCUCGGGCAGAGGGAUGAAUCUGGCUGAGCUCUCCAUUUCUUCCAGAGUCGCAUCACACCUUUAAAUCAAUUCCGCUGUUUAUGUUUUGCAAGCAUGCAAAGGCUUAAAUGCAAAUUAAAAAUGAAACCAAAAUAAUAUAUGGAAAAUCAUCUAGGAGGUGAGGGAGCAAUGGUGAAGAUAGUUAACAUUUUGGCUAAUGGAUUUCCAUUUGAACUAAAUGAUUAUAAAGAUGAAUAGCUCUUUAGAAAAUAUAGUGUCGGGGAGAAGAAGGUUGGGAGUUGGACAGGAAGAGAGAUCUGUGGUGUUUGGAAGAUGUGAUUAGAUGGGAAAUUGAAUAAUGGAACCAGGCAAGUAGAAAUGGUGAUGGACAGGCAAGGUAGCAAAAGAUAGGUAUUGAUGAAAUGGAAAAGGCAAUGGUGACAUUUUAACAGGAUGGAGAAAGAGAAAAUCUGGGAAAGAGGAGAUGGCAGAUUGAGGUGCAAAUUGUCCAAUGAAGUGUGGACAAUUGUGAUAGCUGUGUACCAUUUGGAAAUCCUGUCAAAUUAACUGGGUUGGUGGUUUGUGAUUUGUAAUAGUGAGCUGCACAUACGAUGCAGGUAGAUGAAUUCCUAAACUUGACAAUAAUACGAAACUCGGAAAUACAGUCGGGAACUUUAAGAGCACAUUAGCUGUGAAAUCAGCAGACGGGAAUUAACACAGAGAAGUGUGAUGUGAUAGGUUGUGUUUCAAAGUCAAAAGAGUGGUGACAUUAAUUAAAUGGGAACAUGUUAAAAGUGGUACAGGAGCAGACUGGCUGCACACGCAUCUUCAAAGGGUGCAGGCAAGUUAGGGUGGUUGGUCUAGAAUAGGAUUUAAUGCAUUAUCAAUGGAAAAGUAUGUUAAAACAUUAUAUAACUGUGUUCAGUUCUGGAUUUAGUAAAUUUAGUACCAUUUA